AGGUGAGGACCGGAGCGCGGAGGGCGGGCGCUGCUCGCGGCGCCGGGCCGCGUUCCCCGUCCGCGGUCACCCUGCCACCAGCCUGCGUCCCCGGCGGCGGGAGCUCGGGGGCACCGGGCGGCGGCUGGCGGCGGCCGGCUGGAUGCGAGACCUGCGCGGACCCCGUGGCGGACGGCAGCUCUCGACUCGGGGAAGCCGAACGCGCUGGCCAUGGCCUCCAACUUUAACGACAUAGUCAAGCAGGGCUACGUGAAAAUCCGCAGCAGGAAGCUGGGGAUUUUCAGACGUUGCUGGUUGGUUUUUAAGAAGGCGUCUAGUAAAGGACCCAGAAGGCUAGAAAAAUUUCCAGAUGAAAAGGCAGCAUAUUUCAGAAACUUUCAUAAGGUAACUGAACUGCACAACAUCAAGAAUAUAACCAGGCUGCCUCGAGAGACGAAGAAGCAUGCAGUGGCAAUUAUCUUUCAUGAUGAAACGUCAAAGACAUUUGCCUGUGAGUCAGAGCUGGAGGCCGAGGAGUGGUGCAAGCAUCUCUGCAUGGAGUGUCUGGGGACCAGGCUGAAUGACAUCAGCCUCGGGGAGCCUGAUCUCUUGGCAGCAGGAGUGCAGCGGGAACAGAAUGAGCGAUUCAAUGUGUAUCUUAUGCCUACACCAAAUCUGGACAUUUAUGGCGAAUGCACAAUGCAGAUCACUCAUGAGAAUAUCUAUCUCUGGGAUAUCCACAAUGCCAAGGUCAAGCUGGUGAUGUGGCCUCUCAGCUCACUGAGGAGAUACGGGCGGGACUCAACAUGGUUCACGUUUGAGUCAGGAAGAAUGUGUGACACAGGAGAAGGACUAUUCACUUUUCAAACAAGGGAAGGAGAAAUGAUCUAUCAGAAGGUCCAUUCUGCGACACUGGCCAUAGCUGAGCAACAUGAAAGAUUAAUGCUAGAAAUGGAGCAGAAAGCCCGGCAAAGACUGCCGCCAUGUCCUGCCACAUCCUGCCCUCCUUGCGCCGGCACAUGGUACGGUGUCACUCCAGGACCUUGCUUCAGACAUCUUCAGACAAGCUUGACUGAACCAAUGGCGUUGUCCAAAUCAGUAUCUCUCCCCCGCAGCGCGUACUGGCAUCACAUCACUCGGCAGAACAGCGUUGGAGAAAUCUACAGUUUGCAAGGUCACGGGUUCGGGGCCUCGAAGAUGUCACGUGCACAGACGUUUCCCAGCUACGCCUCGGAGCAGAGCGAAGAGACGCAGCCGUCCUUGUCCCGGUCCAGCAGCUACGGCUUCAGCUACAGCUCCAGCCUCAUCCAAUGACACCCAGAGAGAUGCUGAGACCAGAGAGACAGUCUGCCCGGACCUGCCUGGGGGCCAUCGCGCCCUCUACCUCGCGGAGGACCAAUUGCAGGGAACAUUGAAAUGGGUCGGGUCUAUCCCCGCUCCCAGUGGAAGGUUAAAAACUGGAGUUCUGCUUCCUUGAUUCCGUGGCUAAGUUCUUUAUUUACUGAGUUUCUUGCGGGGGAGUCUACGUUUUACAAAAAUAGAAUCCAAAUCGUCUGAACAGUCAUUUAAAUAAAAUCCUUUGAGUCUGACAGUAGCAGAAGCCUGGGCAGGGUGAGAAGUCGCCCACGCUGGACCGUACCUGGGUGAAGGCAUUGCCCCUGUCCUCCUAGCUCAGUCCUCCCACCUGAGGAGAGGUCUGUCCUUAGAAAGGUGACCCACCACAAGUUCUGUGGCUUGGAGGGUUUCGACAGGGACAAAUCCAAUAAGCUCUACAAAUGGCAUCACAACUUUCCGUAUAAAUAAGCCCAGUGACAAGGGAACACGCCCACGAAAUUUAGAACACACUCUUAAGCAGGGCCUUGUAGCUCUAUUCUGUGUGUGUGCUCUGUGUGUGUGUGUGUGUUGUGUGUGUGUGUGUCUGUAGACAAAUAUAGAUAUGGAUAUUGCUGUAUCCAUCUAUAUCUAACAAGUAUAUAUCAAUGUGUGCUGAGAGUGACAGGAUAUGCUCACUUAAAUUGUUGAAAACUGUUAUUUGGUGCAUUAAAAUUAAGAUCGUUAUGUUGAAUAGCUAUGUUUAAAAUAGUGCUGUAAAAAAAAAAAAAAGGCUUCUUAUUGGCAAAGUAUUCAUGUAGUCACGUCUGCUCCUGUGACAAACAGAGGUGACGAUGUGAAAAGGGGGACCACUUUGGAAGCGAAGGAACCAGUCUGGCUGCACGUCACGUCACUGCACUGUCUUUCUGUUCAGUAAUCCCUUGUUGGUGACGAUGUUUCUCCCUUUGGCCCCCUCUGAGCUACGUGGGGAAGAUUGGGUGUGAUCCUCGACUGGCUUUCAUUUACCCUCGAGGAAAAGAAGGACUCUAAAUGACAAUCUGUUUAAGAAAGAGAUAAAAGUACACUUUAAAUGAAAUCAGACAUUUUGCAGUCAGGAGACCAACAAUAGGGACAGGAUUGUAGGUAUCAUUUUAUGUGUGACAGAUGCUGUUCUCAGAGAGCCAUCAGAGGCUUGUAAUUUACUGUGUAACCAGAAUUGGCUGGGCUUUACUUUCCUUUUACUGGAUAUGGGUUGGCUGGGAUUAUAAGAGAAAAUGGAUCCAGAAAAAAAAGUUAUUUUCAUUCCUGAGACUAAUGACAAACCUACUAGAUUUAAAGGGAAGUGGUGAUUUCCACGUGAACUGGGGAAGUUUGGCUAAUUUGGGUCAACAUAGGUAUUUUUGCCCUUAGUUUUGGAGUUUACUCAAGUAAAAAUAAAAAUCAUUCUGCCCGAAUUAUCUGAUGCCACGUGCCUAAGAUGGUCAACUCAUAAAUACUCCAAAGGUGGAUUUAAAGAACAGCGAGCCCAGGUCAUGUAAGAUGAAAACCUGAUAUUUUUUUCAAUAUCAAAAUUUUUUUAAGCUUUCAAAGUUAGUCUGUUGAAAGGGUACCUUUUUUGCUGAUCUGUGAUAAGACUUUUCUUUCAUCCAUGUCCAUAGCUUGAAUGCAGUCACAAUUCAUUGUGGAGAGUUAUUCGUGGUAAAAGCAGUAUUCAGUCCCUCCGUGAUAAAUUUGCACUUAUAGCAACUGCCUAGAUUUUCCACAUCUCUCAGAUAAGUCUGAAAAUGCCCCCAAGAUGCUAAUCAUAAGAGUUAAUGUGGCUGUGAAAAAUAAUUAUUCUAAGCUUUCAGGGAUAAAAAGAAAAUUACUCAAAUGCUCUGCACUGUGAAUUUUGCUGACACAGCAUAAGAGCGGAUGACUGGUUCCUGACGAUGAUACAGCCUUCCCUGAAAUCCCAGCUUUCAGGGUUGAACACCUCUGAAUUACUUUUAGCACAUGGCAUUUGCUUUUGAAAUGCCGCGAGUGAAACACACCAGAGCAACUCCCAGCUGAGACCAUCUGAGCACAGCUCCCAGGGGUGCCGCGCUCAAAGCAAGCCUCUCGCGGCUCACUCGGUCGAGUUGUUGCUUACAGACCACAAGUUUCUACAUGGAACUUAGGGGGACAGAUCCUCAGGGGUCCUGGUAUAUGUCUCAGCUUUAUUACUGUGCCAGAAGCACAGACAGCGGGUCCGGGGGGAUUCUGCUAAUUAGACGAGUCUGCUCUUGUGUCUGUUUGGUGGGAGACAUGAUUCCUGCAUGAAGUAGUUUCCAGAACACUGUUUGCUUGUGAUCAUUACCAGUGAGUGUAACUGAGGGGGUCCCAAAGAUCAGGCAUAACCUUGGGCCGGUUCAUUCAGAAAAUAAUGUCAUAAAAAAGAGUCAGUGAGAGAGAAAUUUCCUUCCCGUGUCCUUAAGCCAAUCUCAUCACAAUGAGAAUAAUGCUGUAAAAGAUUUCGUGAUAAAUUUUUGGAGAUUUAUUCUAGCAUGCUCCUCUAACUAUACCUAAAAUUGCAACUAAGUCAAAAUUGCUAAAUGAACAGAUAGGAGAAUUUAUAGUAACCUAAUAUACUUGGCAUAAGGCAAUGCACACUGUAAUCAGUGACAAGCAGAUAAAUAUUCUGCAAAAACCAAAGAUGAAAACUUACUGAACCAGUCUGCUGGAAGGUCAUAAAACCAGCACCAGUGGAGUAAGUAGAGUGGUCCUAGGCAUGUAUCCAACUCACUUGAGCUUGUAGGUUUUUGACUAAAGAUGCCUCUACGCUUUGCAAGCAUUUUUCUCCCUUCAGUAAUUGUGUUCUUCUUUAAUAUACAUGUGACUUUUUCAUUGUGAGGGAGUGACUGCUAUGAACCAAAGACAUCUUUCAGCUCCUUCUGAAACUGACUCAGUCAGCUUUCCAUCCAGAUGUAGACCGGUGGACGAAGGUGGUCACAGUUUCCAUAUCGAGUUGGAAGAAAGCAGUGGUCAAGAACCCAAGUCAUAAAGGAUCUUCUGAGAGCAGAGAAAGCCUGGAAGACGUACACAUUUCAUGGAAAGAUUACCUGAAGGGAUUUAUUUUUUAUGUCCCCAAUUUUUUGUUCUGAUAAUAUUAAUUGUUGUACACGUGACAUUAUAAUUAUGUAGAAAAGUACAAAAUAACUUUGACCCAAUGGUUUACUAUUCUGGUGGGAGGGAAAAGAAAACACUUCUUUCUCUUAGUCAUCAAACAAAUAAUAGGCACUCAGAACUAAUUUGUUUAUGCAAUAAAUAUUUAUGAAUCAAUAGGUUUUGGCCACUGCCACAAUUUGAACUUAAUGAAAUAAGAAAUAUAUAUUUACUUAUAUAUUAAGGAAGAUGUGGUUUGAUAGAGCAUGUGAAAUAAAGUGAAACGUAUUUAUUAAAAGUAAACCUCACCUUUUCCAACAAGUAGUAACUAUAGUACUAGUCCUGGUAUCUUGUACAAUUUUCCUCUGUCUUCAUUGGGCAAUUAUGUUUGAAAAUAAUUUAUCACCUAUAAAAUGGUUAACCACUUAUUCUUUCUGUCCAGUAUAGAAGCAGUGGACUGAUAAGUAACUUUACACUGUUAGUAGUUUCUAUAAAUCCAACUUAUUGCAUGUGGUAUCUUUAUAGUAGAUAUUAAAAACAUCAUAAAAAUUGAUGUCUGCCCCUCAUUCUUUGGCCAAUAUCUCAGAAAACUCUGUAAAAAAGCAUGAUUACACUACUCCCUUGAUUAUUUGAGCCACUUACUAAAAUUGACCAUUAAUGCUACCGUGAA